AUGCCGGGCAUUGACUACUCAAAGUUUGACAAGAUUGAGGACUCAGACGACGAGCCGCCAAGGAAGCCGCCACCUCCGCCGCCCGCGGCCGAAGCGGCCCCUCAAACGCCGGCGCAGCUUCCGGAAGAGCAUUGCCGUCCUCUCACGGAUGUGCCGAAGCUCGAGCUCCCAGAUGGGGACUGGCUCAACUUCUACCAGAGCAAGCUGACAGCCCCGCAGAGGAUGCAGACGCUGGUGCACCUGUGGAACUCCGCGAACCAGGAGGAGCGAGUAGAGUUUCUGAGGCACUUGAUAGACCUCAUCAACAACCCGGCGAUCUCCAACAGGAUAAAGGGUGGCCAAGAGGUCCUGAAGGAUUUGGACUCCAACUUCUACCAUGGGGUAACCUUUCCAGAGGAGUGGGUGGGCACCUUCGAGACGUUCGGCAUCGACGACAAGAAGGUCUGCUUCGAAAAGCUUUUCAAGUCCCUGGAUCAGCAGGAGCGUGGCUUGGUCUUGGGCACCCUGAUGUAA